AUGGGUUUAAGAAAUUUAACAGGACAUUAUUCUAGUAAUACAUCUAGUCCUUAUACAAAUGAAGUCACUGAUAGCAACGAUAGUCAAGAAUUCGAAUUUCAUAGUCCGAGAAUAACUAAUCCAUUUGCUACAGCUAGUAAUAGUAGUGUCGAAGAAAUAGAAAAUAAUAAUAAUAAUAAUACUGAUAGUAAUCCUCAAAGUAACGAUUCUUUGUUAUCACAAACAAAUUCAGAGAUACGAUAUCUUCAUCCACAAGAUAUACAGGCUCAUAUAGAACAAGAUUAUAAAGGUCAUUAUUCUAAGAAACCUCAAACUCUAGGAACUCCUGAAAAUAAAGAUAUUACAGGUAGAUUUAUACAGACACCACCAACACAAACAAUGCAACGACCACCAGUACGUUCCAAUAGUGAAAAUACAUUUAUUCAAGCAACUCCUCCUUAUGAUAGAUACCCAGUAGUGAACGCUAGAAUGAAUUCACAAGCAACAAAACUUAAUAAUGCUGGUCCAUUUUCAGAACAUACAAAUGUAAUAGUUGGAUCUCAAGGUUCAGGCCUAAAUAAUUAUUUGAAUGAAACAACUGGUUCUACAUCUUCUUCUUCUAAUUAUAAUCCAGCUUUGUUACAACCACAAGAUUUUUCACCAUUCGGUGGAUAUCCUGCAAGUUCUUUCCCAUUGACAAUGGAUGAAAAAGAAGAUGAUGAUUUCAUACAUAAUCCAGAUCCAGAAGAAGAAGCAAGAUUAGAUAGAAGAAGAAUGUGGGAUGAUAUUAAAAAUAUGAAUACUCGUUCUUUCUUUGGGUUGAUUGGUAUAUUAGUACUAUUGGGUGCAGGUAUUUGUAUAUUUGUCAUUCUUCCAGCAUUGACUUUCACAGGUGCGGUACAACAUAAGGAUCCAGUGGCAGAGAAAGGAGGUCAUUCGUCAUCGUCAUCGUCGGGUUCCGGAUCGAACUCAAAUGAAAUUUUAACUUAUUAUAGAUAUCCAACAUUAGCUGCAAUAAGAAUGAAUCUUGUAGAUCCAGAUACUCCAUCAUCUGCAAAGACUAGGAAGUCAAUGGAUGGUUCCAGUUGGAAGUUAGUGUUUUCUGAUGAAUUUAAUGCUGAGGGAAGAACAUUUUAUGAUGGUGAUGAUCAAUUUUGGACGGCUCCAGAUAUUCAUUACGAUGCAACCAAGGAUCUGGAAUGGUAUGAUCCAGAUGCAGUCACCACAAAGAAUGGUACUCUUCAUUUGCGUAUGGAUGCAUUCAGAAAUCACGAUUUAUAUUACAGAUCAGGUAUGUUACAAAGUUGGAAUAAAUUAUGCUUUACUCAAGGUAUUUUAGAAGUGUCGGCUAACCUUCCUAACUAUGGUAGUGUUACAGGUUUAUGGCCAGGUCUAUGGACAAUGGGUAAUUUAGGUAGACCAGGUUACUUGGCCUCAACAGAUGGUGUGUGGCCAUACUCAUACGAAUCUUGUGAUGCUGGUAUCACACCAAAUCAAAGUUCCCCAGAUGGUAUCUCAUAUUUACCAGGUCAAAAGUUGAAUGCUUGUACUUGUGACGGUGAGGAUCAUCCAAACCCAGGUGUUGGUAGAGGUGCUCCAGAAAUUGAUAUUAUUGAAGGUGAAGUUGAUACAACUUUAGGUGUAGGUGUUGCUUCCCAAUCCAUGCAAAUUGCUCCAUUUGAUAUUUGGUAUAUGCCAGAUUAUGACUUUAUUGAAGUUUACAAUUUUAGUACAACUAACAUGAAUACAUACGCCGGUGGUCCAUUUCAACAGGCUAUCUCUGCUAUCUCAACUCUAAAUACUACGUGGUAUGAGUUUGGACAAGAAGCUGGUUAUUUCCAGAAAUUUGCAUUGGAAUAUUUGAAUGAUGAUGAUGAUGGUUAUGCUCGUUGGUUUGUUGGUGAUAAUCCAACCUUUACGAUAUACGCAAACUCAUUACACCCGAAUGGUAAUAUUGAUUGGAGAAGAAUUAGUAAAGAACCAAUGUCUAUUGUUAUGAAUUUAGGUAUAUCCAAUAAUUGGGCGUAUAUUGAUUGGAGAAUGAUUUUUUUCCCUGUCCAAAUGUCAGUCGAUUAUGUUAGACUAUACCAACCACAAAAUGCGAUUUCUAUCACAUGUGAUCCCGAAGAUUAUCCAACCUAUGAUUAUAUCGAAUCACAUAAAGUGGCAUAUACAAAUGCAAAUUUGACCCAUUGGGUUGAUGCAGGUUUUUCUUUCCCAGCAAAUGAAUUGACCGGAAAUUGUAAGAGUAGUAAUUUUGAAGGAACUGUUGUACUUGGUGAUUAG